AGGGUCUCUCCUACUUGGUGAAUUUAUACCGGAGGAAAAAAAAGGUAAUCCCUGAAUGUUGGAAUAGUGAUCUUUACUCCUUAACUUCCUGUGAAAUUGUUGGUUCCAGGAAUAUAGACGCAAGGAGAGGUACAGAGCUGGGAGUAGCGAUUUUUCUUUGAAAGGAGAGUGGUUUUUGAUGAAGUAGAGUGGCUAUUUCAAGGUAUUGAAUCUUGGAGAAAUGGCUUUCGUUCAUUUGGACAUCCUAUGCUUCUAUAGCCUACUCAUUUGCACAGCAUUUAGUUCUGUGUCUUCAAAUGCUGAGAUAAAAGUUAAUCCUCCUCAGGAUUUUGAGAUAGUAGACCCAGGAUACUUAGGUUAUCUCUGUUUGCAAUGGCAACCUCCACUGUUUCUGGAUAAGUUUGAGGAAUGCACAGUAGAAUAUGAAUUAAAAUACCGAAACAUUGAUAGUGAAGACUGGAAGACCAUCAUUACCAAGAAUCUACAUUACAACGACGGGUUUGAUCUUAACAAAGGCGUUGAAGCAAAGAUACACACGCUUCUGCCCCCGCACUGCACAAAUGGAUCAGAAGUUCAAAGUUUAUGGUCAGAAGCUACUUACUGGAAAUCACCACAAGGAAGUCAGGACACCAAGAUUCAGGAAAUGGAUUGUGUGUAUUACAACUGGCAAUAUUUACUCUGUUCCUGGAAACCUGGUCUGGGUGUCCAUUUUCAUACCAGUUAUCAAUUGUUUUACUGGUAUGACGGCUUGGACCAUGCCACACAGUGUCCUGAUUACAUCAAGGUUGAUGGACAAAAUAUUGGAUGCAGGUUUCCCCAUUUGGAGGCAUCAGACUAUAAAGAUUUCUACAUCUGUGUUAAUGGAUCAUCAGACUCUCAUCCUAUCAGACCCAGCUAUUUUAUUUUUCAGCUUCAAAAUAUAGUUAAACCUUUGCCGCCAGACUACCUUAGUCUUACUGUGAAGAACUCAGAGGAAGUUAACCUGAAAUGGAGCAUGCCUCAAGGGCCCAUUCCGGCAAAAUGCUUUAUUUAUGAAAUUGAAUUCACCGAAGAUGAUACAACUUGGGUGACUACCACCGUCGAAAAUGAGAUACGCAUCGCAAGAAUAUCAAAUGAAAGCCAACAAUUGUGCUUUUUGGUAAGAAGCAAAGUCAACAUCUAUUGUUCGGAUGAUGGAAUCUGGAGUGAGUGGAGUGAUGAACAGUGCUGGAAAGAUGACAUAUGGAAGGAAACCUUGGUAUUUUUCUUGACACCAUUUGCUUUUGUCUCAUUGUUUGUUUUGUUAGUAACUUGUCUGCUUUUGUACAAGCAAAAAGCUGUACUGAAAAUGAUCUUUCAGAGGAAAAAAGAAGUCUUUUCUCAUCAAGACACAUUCUGUUGACUGAAUAACUUUCAGUCUUAUGGCCAAAUGUUCAACGAGUCUUAUUAAAUGGAAUGUUUUCUCCAAAAAAUUUAAUAAAUCUACC